AUGUCGUUUGGAUACGGUGUCGGCGACGUUAUCGCCGUGCUAGGCCUCUUCGAGCGUAUUGCCAUCGAGCUGCGAAAUUACAAGGACGCACCUCUGCAAUUCCAACAACUCCGUGCCGAACUAGAUCUACUGCGGGGUACCUUGAAGCGUGUCUUGUCCCUGAAGCCGGAGGGUGAUGCGGAGUGCGAAACUUUGGAGCAGAUCAGAGCCAUCGCUAUCUACUGUGUUCAACCUUUACAGUCCGUGGCUGACAAGAUGAGAAGCAAAGAAAGCAGUUUGGGUCACUUCAGAACAACCAGAAGUCUUGUUAGUAUUGGGACAAGACUUCACUGGUCUAUGAUUGAUCAAACCGAUGUCGAGGGACUCAGAAAGGUUCUUCUGUCCCAGAUGACCGCCAUCAACACACUGUUGAGUAUUCAGCAACCGCGCAUGCUACUUGAUAUACGUGGGCAAAUGAAACGUAUGAUACGCGCCAUUAAAGCCAUACCACUUCAUCUCACGCUCGACAUUGUCCAGCUAGACGAUGUCCAUGGAGAGAGCUGGGCCCUGCCACUACAGGCGUGUAGGACCUGUGAAUCCUUUAGAGAAAUUCUCUUGUUCGUUGUGUAUGCAAACAAAAGACCCGGAGCGAACUACAUCACACAGAAUCUCUCCGCGGUGACGCAAGCGAAGACUGGCAAGGGAGUCGACCAAGAGACGUGGGAGGCCAUGAUAAAACCAGGCUUUCAUAUCGAACAGGCGGUAAUACUCAAGGGUUCCCACUCUUCCAAGAGAUGCCUGAACCCAAAGUGUGCCGGGAUGCUUCAGGAUGAAGUCCUCGAGUUCGAAGACCGCCAAGUUUGCAAUCUUUGUUCCCGGUCUUCAAAGACAGCUUUCACAACGACGCCAUUAAUCGGCCUAUGCAAUGAGGCUCCCUACUCGCACCACCCAGUGGAGCGAUUCACAAGUCGAACUAAUACCAAGGGAAGUUUCGGCCCCCAGCUACCUCCCAUAUCUAUGGAUGAGCAAAUAGGAACUUUUCUAAGGGGUAAGCUCUUGCAACCUGCAGAGCCUAUACAAGAUAUUGAGCAAGCCUAUCGGCGACUGGGCGAAGACCCUAAUCACGCCAUGGCAAACGCAUAUGUCGGCCUUGCAAUGCUUCUUGCAAUAGGGGAAACUAGAUCUGUCGAUCAAAUUGAUAUUGCAAGAAAUCAUCUAGAAGUUGCUGUUGAAUCAGAUAGCUCGACCCCCGAGAACUGGUACCUGCUAAGUCGGGCAUCCGCGAUAUAUCAAGAAAGCCGAUGUCCAUCGUUCUGGAUCACACUUGGGAUUCUAUACUUCAAUAUCGGUCAAAGUAGAGAUUGCCUCGACGCCCUGACCAAAGCCGUAGAGCUAAAUGCUCAUAUCUGGGAGCCUUGGUAUAACCUCGGCGUGUUGUAUGACAGUUGCAAUGGCCAGCAUUCAGAUGCCGCUGAUGCCUUUUAUAAAUGUCUCGAGCGGAACCCAGAGCUGUGUAAUGUCCGGGCACGACUCGAAGCUCAACAAGCCUACGCUGGGGAUAUAAAUGAUGAGUUUCUAGGUGAUACGUUGAUUCACGAAGGUCGACUCACCACUGGAUGA